CUGUUGGCUGCUGCCACGCCAGCAGCGUGACGAGGCUCGUCGACGAUGUUGUCCUAUCGAGCGCGGUCGCUUGUGGCGAUGUCGUCUUUUAUUACCAGGCUCGUUCUUGCACUUUCACUGGUCCUGCCUUUGGCUCAUGUGUCAGUCGCUGCAGCCGACACCUGUACCUUUCAGGACGGCAUCUGUCCAGAAUGGGUGUCGACGGACUGUAAAACGAGUGCCUGCUUCCAGGCUCGAAAGGUGUCCUCUAUGCAACUCGGACCCGCCUACGACCAUACAAACAAGAGCGCGGAUGGCUGGAGCGCUUACGCAGUUCCAUCACCAAAUGGCUGGUUGCGUGAGGCCAGAUUGAGCAGAAUGGUGAACGGGCCAUUCUGCUUCACCGCAUGGUACCACCAGUCGGGUACGGAACAUACACAGGCCAUGUUCAGCGUAGACCAUCUGAAAUCGCACACAAGCAGAAACUUCUUUGACUCACAGCCGGACAUGUACGGUCGCUGGCGACGGGUUCGGUACUCGGAGAAUCGAACCGACCGAUUCGUGAUAGAUAUACGUUACUACACGCUGAAGUCCACUGAGAAAGGAGUUUUCGCCGUUGACGAUUUGAGCUUGGACAAGAAAGCGUGCCCCGAGGUAAGGGAUGGUUCUUGCGACUUCGACUGGGGUGAAACCUGCGGCUACGACCUGGGAAAUGAGCGCUACGGCAAAUGGCAGCUUGAGAGUCGAGAGCGGAUUUCGUUUAGGGGUCCUGAUUACACCACCGCCACACAAUUUGGUGGCCUGCUGUAUUUGGAGUUGAAAGGUAACGAGACAAGUGCUAUGCUGACGUCACCAAAGCUUACUGGUCGCCACAAAACCCAGUGCCUCGACUUUCGCUAUCGAUUACCUCCGAACUCCUUGGACGAGAAUUCAUAUCUCCUUCAUGUGUUUGUACAGGGUACGCCGGACGCUCAUUGGACGUGGCCCACGAACGAGUUGUCAAGAGGAUCUUGGUCUACGAAGCAAAUAUCCUUCAAACAACAAAAUGACUUCAGGGUGAUAAUCCAAUGUGCCCUAAGAGGACGCAGUUACUUCAAAUCAUAUUGCGCCAUUGAUGGCAUAGAGCUUCGGGACUGUCAAGGCCAACGUGCUCAAAAUGAUACCUUCUGUGACUUCGAGGAUGGCUGGUGUUCCUGGAAAAGCCUGCGAUUCACUUCCACUCGUUUUUCAUGGCUGUUGGGUGGUGGAAACACGAAGACUACUAUGGCAAGACCACGCGUCGAUCACACGUACGGGAACGCAACAGGUUCAUACGUUUUCUUCAGCAACUACGCGCAGAAACUUGGAGAUGAAGGUGAUCUCAUUAGUGAGAUUCUUUCCUAUAGCAGCAAGGUAACGCAGUGCGCAGAGUUUUGGUACAUCAUCUCUGGAGACAAGUCGGAACUCAAGGUGAUAACUCGAAACCCAACUGAGAUGGAACACGAUCGUCUUCCUUUGUGGAAACAGAAGAGUGGGGAGUCCUCAGAAUGGCAGUUGGGACGUAUCGCUGUGCCCCACGGGAAUAGGGUGGUAUUCCGGGCGACGGUUGGUCCUGCCUCAACGCCAGCAUUCGUCGCACUUGAUGACAUCGCCAUUGUGCACCGUGAUCGUUGUGACACCUUCCCAAAAAACAGCGAGGCUCUCUCUGCAUUCAUCAUCGCUGCAUAG